AUGGCCGCUCCCGUCCGCCGUCUGUGUCAUAUCGCCUUCCACGUGCCGGCGGGACUACCCUUCGCCCGGCAUCUGCAGCGCUUCUUUGGCUUCCAGCCCUUGGCGGUGCGGGAAGCAGACGGCUGGAGGCAGCUGGUUCUGCGCAGCGGCGACGCUGUCUUUUUGGUGAACGAGGGCGCGGGGCUGGGAGAGCCGCUGUAUGGCCUGGACCCGCAUCAUGGUAUACCCAGCGCCACGAACCUGUGCUUCGACGUGGCCGACGUGGGCGCUGCCGCCCGGGCGCUGGCGGCACUGGGCUGCAGCGUGCCGGUGCCCCCUGUUGGCGUGCGAGAUGAGCAGGGCGCUGCCACCUAUGCCGUGGUCACCUCGCCGGCAGGCAACCUCAGUCUGACGCUGCUGGAGCGCACUGGCUUCAGUGGGCCCUUCCUGCCUGGCUUUAGCCCUGUGCCCUCUGCACCCGGACCCUGCUGGUUCAGCCACGUGGAUCACCUGACCUUGGCCUGCAACCCCAGCAGCUCCCCAAAACUGAUGCACUGGUUCCACGACUGUCUAGGCUUUCACCACCUACCACUGAGCCCAGGUGAGGAUCCAGAGCUGGGCCUGGAGGUGGCAGCAGGGUCCGGGCUUGGCGGGCUGAGGCUCACUGCCCUGCAGGGCCCUGUUGGGAGCGCUGUCCCCACCCUUGUGCUGGCAGAGUCCCUGCCGAGGGCCACCAGCGGACAGGACCAGGUGGAGCAGUUCCUGGCCCGGAACAGGGGACCUGGAUUGCAGCAUGUGGGGCUGUACACACCCAGUAUCAAGGAAGCCACUGAAGGGGUGGCAGGGGCUGGGGGUCAGCUUCUGACUCCUCCUGAGGCCUACUACCAGCAGCCAGGCAAGGUGGAGCAGAUCCUGGCUGCAGGGCACGAUCCUAACCUGCUGGCCCAACAGGGGGUCUUGAUAGAUGGUGACAGAGGCAAGUUUUUGCUUCAGGUCUUCACCAAGUCCCUGUUUGCAGAGGACACUUUCUUCCUGGAGCUGAUCCAGAGGCAGGGGGCCACUGGCUUUGGCCAGGGCAACAUUCGGGCCCUGUGGCAGUCUGUGCAGGAGCAAGCUGCCAGGGUCCAAGAAGCCUGCAAAGAGCCCAAGCUGGAUGUAGCCGCCUGUCCUGGAGCAUUCGAAAGUUCGGCUUAG